CUAAUUGUUGUGAUAAACUUAUUAAAUAGAUGGAAGCUGAAGACUCUGAUGUUCUUACUCUAAAGUUGAAAGAUUUGAACUCCGUUCUAACAUGCAGACUCUGCAAUGGAUAUAUAAUUGAGGCAACAACAAUUACAGAAUGUCUUCAUACGUUUUGCCGGUCUUGUAUUUUGAACUAUAUUGACGAAGAUUAUCGAGGCGGAACGAGUAAUGUCAAUGCCGGGCCCGACAAAGGGGUUCGGUGUCCGACAUGCGAUACUGUCAUUCACGAAAGCCAGCCGAAACAGCAUAUCGCCACCGACUCAACAGUGGAUGAAAUAGUAAUGAAAGUAGUUCCCGGUUUAAGAGACAGAGAGCUACAAAGAGAGGAAGAGUUUUACAGAAGAAAGAACUUGAAAUGGCCGAAAGCAGAUAUGAUCGCUGCACAGAAAGAAGCCGAAGCCAAAAAGCGUAAGCUAGAAUCAGGUGUCUCCAAUCUUUCUAAUGGAUUGAGAAAUGGCACAGUUAAUGGAACCUCACCAUCGGAUGCUAAAGAUGAUGGAAACUCGACAGUGGAUGAACUAGAAGAGGAUCCUGAAGACGAAAGUGGUGCUCACAAAAACUACCACAGAGAUGAUAUGCAGAUUAGGUUUAUUCUAGAGCCAGCUGUGGACGAAAAAGUUUUCGGGCCACUACCUCACAAAUAUGUCCUCUGCUCUGAACACACACCCGUGUCGGCUAUCAAAAAAGUCGUAUGCAAGCAAUUGGGAUUGACAAGUCCAAGUCAGGUGGACUUGACAUGCAGUGGCUCGAAACUAGGCAGAGAUCAUUCCAUGAAGUUUGUUUUUAUCACUCGUUGGAGGGGAAGGAAGGAGCACUUGCUAAUCAAUUACCGAUCGACAGCUAAUUUGUUAUAACUUAUUUUGUUUUGUGCAGUUUCUAUUUAUGUCCAAAAUUUGGAAAAGUUUCGAAAAUA